GAGAAGGAAGAUGACACAGAAAAAAGGAAAAUUGAAAAUAAAUGAAAGAAAAUGUGUGGAAUAUUAUUGCUGUAAACGUCAUGAAUUAAUUCGAACAAGAGUACAAAAAAAGAACACUUUGUACACUAACAUUUCCGUUCUGAAAAAUCAUUCAAUGUGGAAUUGCCUAUUACUAUUAAUAAAUCUGUAAUAUACACCUCGAAUUAAACCGAGUGUGGGCUCUGAACUCGUUUAAAAUCAAAGGAAAAAUACACUUCAGUUAAUUAUGACAGUUCCUUGCGUAAAUCAAAUAUCAAUAGCAUCUACUUCUUUAUUACGAAAAGCCGACAUACGUGCAAGAACAUUGUAAGUCUCAAGCCAAGAACCGAAAACUACUAGAUAACGGGCAUCAUAUCUCAAGAGCUUUGAGUCAACGAUGCGUCCUGAGAGUCCUGAUUCCCGACGACGCUAGUCCAGUUGAAGAUGAAGUUUUACGCAGCACAGGAGCAUGAGCAUCACGCACCCCAUAGAACGUGGCACAGUGUCCUUUAUUAUAUUGUUGUUAUAGUGCUGUUUUGGUGUGUUUUCGAACUCAGAAAGACGUACUUUCGGGAGAAUUCUGUUUCCAGUCGAGUUAAAGUUGAGGAUAGUGAUGACGAUGUCACAAUCGGUGAAGUAAACAUAUCGUCCUGGACCAAUAAUUUCCAGACGAAGAGUAAAUCCAAUGCCAGGCAAAGGAUCCAUGUUCCCAAGUUCAUGCUAGAUUUGUAUGAACAGUACAAAAACGAUUAUGGAAGAAACUGUACAAGACCUGAUGUUGUACGAAGUGUAGUACCAAAACAAGGAGGUUCAUCUUUUCUGGAACCAACCGUUGAAGACAUAAUCGAAAACCAUAUGCUAGCUUUUGAUAUACCUGCUCCCAAUAAAGAUGAAGAGCUCUUGAGUGCCGAACUAAAAAUAUUAACUCUUGUUCAAACACCAAAGACAAUAAUAGGAGUUGAAAGGAUAAUAACACUUCUAGUGUUUAACGAAACAGUCAACGAAUUUCAACCGUUAGACAAUCGACAUUUAUUUCAUUUUGAGAACACUUGGAUUUCAUUCAACGUUACGACACCGGUAAUGAAGCUUCUUCAAAACGUCACUUUUUCCAAUAAUAUUCUGAAAGUUAUUUUACGUGUACGUUCAGUGUUCUCCAUGUAUCAUGGAGCCUCUGAGAGUGAAUUUCGUCUAUCGUUGAUGCCUAACAAUAACAACGAAAAUAUAGAACAUGAAUAUCCUGUUCUCUUAUUGUCGUACAUGUCCCGUAAGGAUCGCAAUGUUCAAUGGAAUGAAGAGAAGAGGAAUUACGGCUCUUAUAAACGAUCUAAAAGGGACUCCGAUGAUGAUUAUGAAGACGGGACCAACAGAUUAUUGGACACAGGUCAAAACCCAAAUGGGAAAAGUCACGUUAAAAGAAUGAAGAGACUAAAAAAUUCUUGUAAAAAGAAAUCACUCUACGUGAAUUUUGCCGAUAUUGGAUAUAAUUCCUGGAUUAUACAGCCAAGUGGAUACGAAGCAAAUCAGUGUGUUGGUAAAUGUUUUUUUCCCAUGGCAGAACAUCUGUCUCCGUCGAAACAUGCCAUUAUUCAAUCCCUUGUACACAGCAUCUCGCCACCAAAAGCAGUACGACCAUGUUGCACCCCGAUCUCCAUGAAUUCAAUUUCACUCAUGUAUAUAGACGAGAAAGGAUUUUUAACACUGACUUACGCUUACGAAGACAUGGUUGUUGAUAAAUGCGGUUGCAGAUAGUAUUACAAAUUGAAGUUUGUUAUUUUUCAAUAAUUAUAGAUAUUUUUGUUGUUAACUUAUUUAUUUUUUAAUGUUUAGA